AUGAAUCCAAGCAAGAUACAAGAUCAAUUAGGUUAUCUGGUACUCCACGAAUCUGGAGCUACAAUAUCGAGUAGUGGAGAUUUAGAAAAUGAUGAAAAAACUGCUGAAAUUAUAUAUAAUUUAAUAUCAGUGGCUGAUAAAUUAGAUGUUGUCGCAUUUCCCUCCGGUGGCUUCAACAAAAUUUCUAUUUGUUUUAAAGAUUUUUGUUAUGUUGUGUGUAUGUCAAACAAAAAAAUUCAUAUUGUUAAAAGGAAAUUUCCCACGGGUCAAAGUUCACCCAAUACUCCUGCAGAACCAAAUUUAAUAGAUCUUCAACCUUCUACAAGCACUUCGGAUAAUCCAUAA